AUGCAACUUGCUGUCACAAUGCCCUUGAACCCGUACAAAACCUCAGUGACCAAAUCCAAGAGCGUCAAGAGAUGGUCUCGUGCGAUUCGUGAAAAUGAUCAUCUUGGCACGCUCUCAAAAUCGGAAAUGGUUCAGAUCCAUUCCAUUGUUCGCUGUCAUUUCCGCGUGUUGAUGUGCCGAGAGUCGGAAUCAUCACCCAUCCCUCCCUCUCUUUCCAACCUCGAGAAGGAGGGUCUAAUCGAACGCUUCCCAGUGGACAGUCCAAUUCCCCACACCUCUUCUAUGCCGGUGAUAGAUUCUACAGACUUUGUCAAAGUUGGAAUUCACAUGAAACCGGACGACUUGUAUGAAGUCGAAAUGGACUUGAAGCGCUUUGGCCUUCGCCGUUUCUCAUUCGAUUGGGAGACUGACUUAGUGGACCGUGUCAACUUCUUGGCCAGAGAGCUAUUCUGGAAUUCUUUCUACCGCGCAACACAAUCGGACGCUUAUAAAUAUCAAAUUAGUGUACAUCUACUCAGACGCCAAAUCAUCCUACCGGUUCUUUCGGCCGAAUUUAAUCGUUUGGCUUUGAUGUACAAGGAACAAUGUCGAAACACUGAUGUCCUGGAGUACCAUUACAUGGUCGCUGAGAAAAAAAAGGCUUGCAAGGAAUACCACGACUUUUUGGUCAAGUCAGGCGUCGCGCCUGCUUUCGUGAAUAUCUUCCAGCCACGUAACUAUGCUAUUAUGGGUGAUAUUUACGAAGUUAAAGUCAUGAGUGGUAGCCAUUCAGUCGACCAGUUACAUAUUGCGAUACCCCGAUGGUGGUCGCAGGCCACCAUAUCUUUUAUGGAAGUCAUCGAGGGUCGGGUCAACUAUCAGGCCUCAUCUCACACCGAUUUUCCGGGAAAUAUCCGUCGUCCUUAUAAAUACGUCAUCAGAACCUUAAAUGAGUACGGUGUUGUACCCCGUCACCUGCCUUCCGGCGUCUAUAGCAAUGAUUUCAAGGCCUCUUUACUACCAGCCGAGCUUUCCAAUCUCAAGAUGAAACCACCUGUCUUCCCCGAGAUCACAAUCAUGACAUCAAUCUUUCCAGCAACUGCAUUCAAUUUUUUCGAACAUCCAAUUGAUCAUAUGCUCAAUGAUUAUUAUACAAGUGAUGAUGAUGUAUCUUGCGACGAAGUUACUCAUAGUGAUACCGAAGUUCUCAACGACACUUUCUCUGCUGAAGAGACUGCACUCAAAGAGGUGGAAGAUCGCUUCCACACUCAAAUUGCUACUUUAAAGACCGAGAUACGAAGUUCAAUUACUAUGUUAGAAGACUUCAAGAAAGAUUUCGAGGUCUUGAUCCCCAGCGGAAUGGAUGAAUUGAAAAGGGCAAAAGAGAAAAUCGAAAAGAUUGACGCUAAGCUCGAUGCCUUACAAGCGCAGUCAGAACAGGUUCAAAGUGAAUCAGUAUAUGACGAAGCUGAACAAGAUGUGGAACCCGUGGAGCACUCUGGCUGA